AUGUUUCUGGUCCAGGACGCUACGGUUUUGAUCAUCUCGCGAUUAACGAAUCGUGUUGUGACGAGUCUCUCGGGUGAAAGCACACCAGAGGAGCACAAGCAUACCGCUCCCAUCACCGGUAUGCAACUGAGCGCGUUCAAUCCGCUUCAGCUCAUCACAACCUCCCUGGAUGGAACCAUCAAAACGUGGGACUACUUGGAUUCUGAGCUCCACGACAAUGUACAGGUGGGUCACGCAAUUGUGAGCAUGAGUGCCAGUAUGCAAUGGAAAAAUCGCCUUUUUGUGGCUGUCUGUAAGCGCACUGGUCAUGCGAGCACUUCAGACGGCAAGGCCAAGGAAGCAUCCAGCACCAUCUAUUCGGUUCAGCUGGGUCGAAGUACGCCUCGCCUGCACAAGCCCUCCAAAUUGGUGCGACUUGGUAAGACGCGCCCUGUGUCGCACCUCUCUGUGUCGCCGGACGGCCGGUGGCUCAUUGCCACUAGCCUCGCCAAAGUCCAUGUCCUUGACUUGAAUGAUACCAGCGCCGGCUUCACCAAGUAUGCCACGGAAAGCCACAUUACCGCGCUUGCGUUCCACCCCGACAAGCAAAUGGCGCGAUUCGCCACCGGCGAACAGAACGGAAAGAUCAAGAUUUGGCAUUGUCUUGAGCUCGCCAACGACCCUUUGCCUGCGCGGGGCGAUGGGCCAUGGGAGCCUGUAGCCGUGACAACGACAUUGCACUGGCAUUCCCAUGCUGUGGCCGCAUUACAGUAUACGCCAGAUGGCUCCCAGUUGCUUUCUGGUGGCGAGGAGGCAGUGCUUGUUUUGUGGAAGCUUAAUAGCGGACAUGCCGGUGGUUCGGAGGGUCGCGAGUAUGUGCCGCGUCUGGGUGCGCCCAUUGUGGCACUCGCCAUCGCUUCUGGCUUUGAAGGAACCGAGCAGGAAUAUGUGGUGCGUCUGGCCGACGGCAGCACAUCGUUUAUUGCCAGUCUGAGCCUGAAGCCAACCCGCACCUUUUCGACGAUCAAGACGGAUGCGAUGCGUUCUCUCCUCUCUUCUGAAGCACGGACGAGACAGACACAGCCCCUUUCGUAUGACCCAGCGUCCGGGCAACUCGCACUUUUGGCUGGCCACCCAUCGACGUUGCAGUUUGUCGACCUAGCCACGCGCACUCACGUCCGUGACAUGGAAGUGGUCCCCUCGAAUCGUGUAUCGCGACCUGAGGCGCAGCUGAUCACGCCGCAGGCUGUGCAGUUUGUGGUGUUCUCGGCUCCAAAGAAAGACUCGCUCCAUGCUGAGUGGAUGGCCACGCUGGAUGGCCGGGAUGGUGGCACUUUUACGGCAGAACUCUCUUUGAAACUGUGGCAAUGGGAUGCCCGGAGCAAGACCUAUGUGCUCAACACGCGCAUUGACCACCCGCAUGAGGGCGCUGUGACGAGUCUGGCGUUCUCUCCGGUGCUCUCGGAGCAGCCGCUCGACUCGUUCUUGCUAGCUUCCACCGGCACGGAUGGUCAGGUGAAAACCUGGCGAAUGGCGACCCGCACGCUGAAGGGUACACGCACCGAACUAUUCUGGGUGUGUCGGUCGUCGUUCGCGUAUCGUGAUACAACGCCCCAGCAUGUCGCUUGGGCUCCGGACGGCUCGCUGCUAGCCGUAUCUCAGGGGCCUUUCAUCACACUAUGGGACCCUCAUACACUGGUCAUGCAGGCUCACUUGUCGUCACCGGAUCUCAAGCAGGUGUCGUCUUCUCUGUUUGUGGGCCGCAAGGGCCGAUACCUGUCCGUGCUGGGCUCGCAGGCCCGGCUCCUGGUGUGGGACCUCGUGUUCCAGACCGUAGUGUGGUCGAGCGACGCGCCCGUGCAGGCACAGGUCGCGCACGCUGAGGGCCUCUUGGCUGCUCGUGCAGCCUCCGGUGCUACGGUGUUGGAGUAUAUUGUGCCCCGCACACAGUCUGUGGACCGCGUCUACAGCGUUUCACUGGAGCUCGGUCCAACCUACAUCAAUGCAUCGGUGGAUAACGACCCAGAGCACCUGUGCCUUUUGGCGCAGCGCCCAAGUGGGAUGUUGGUGGGCAUUGGCGGCGGAGCUCUUCGCCCCAUCAUGCCGUCAGCAUCGCUGCACAGGACGGCCAUGGAGAAUGCGCGCGCCACGCUGUUCGACGAGCUCUUUGGUCUUGCUGAUGCGGAGCAUAACCGUGUGCAAGAGGUGCUGGAUGAGGAUGCACAACGGAUGCAGACCCUCCUGUCCGAUGUGUCUGUACCGACGACUAUGGAGCUGUUUACCACGCCAGCCCAUUUGUUGCCACCUAUGUCGUCUCUCCUCGACAACUUUGUGGAUGCCAUAUUGCCCGCUCACUCGGCGCCAGCCCCUUUGCCUGUGUCUGAGGAAGCGGCCGCACCAAUGGCCAUGGACGAGCCUGUGACGCCUCGUCUGGACGCGCUCGACCACGUGGCCAAGGCUCGCGAUGCCGAUAUCAGCCACUUGACUGCGGUGUUCAACCAGCUCAUGGCAACGCCGCGCCUGUCCGAAGGUGAGGCGCGCCCUUCUUCGCGCUCGUCCAAGAGCAAGCGGAAAGUGUCGCGCUCUAUGUAG